GAUAAGUAGCCCAAUGUUCUCCAAAGGUAAAUCCAGAAGUCAAAGGAACCCCCGAAACCCUAAACAAAUCCCAGGUGCUGAACACCAAAUCUUCCCCUUUUCUUCUCCUUGAAUUUUCGAAUUCGUUUGUCAAACCCAAAGCUUCAAAACAGGAAAAGAAAUGGCUGGUUCCGGUGGAAGCCGAUUCAAGCAGUUCCUGAAUAAGUACGGGAAAGUGGCCCUCGGGGUUCAUUUCUCGGUCUCCGCCGCUUCGAUAACCGGCUUCUACGUCGCCAUCAAGAACAACGUCGACGUCGAAUCGUUGUUCGACAAAUUACAUCUCCCUGGCUUUUCCGACGAUAAACAUAACCAAAACCAGUAUACGAGCCCGGAUGGUUCUUUGAUGGAAGAAUCGACGGCGGUGAUCGAGGAGGAGAAGAAGGAAAGGAAUCGGAAGGCCGAGCUUGCCGCUUCCACCGGCGGAGCACUUGCGUUGGCUGUGCUUUGUAACAAGGCCUUGAUCCCCGUUCGGGUACCUAUCACCAUCGCGCUGACACCUCCCGUCGCAAGGUUUUUGGCUAAGAGGAAGAUCAUUAAGAACAGUGUAUGAUUUCUUUUCCUUUCUCUCUUUCUUUUUUUACAAGUGCUGCACAUAGAACUGUAUUAUGAUUGGUUGAAUCUUGACUUUAUUGUUAUCAUUGUGAAAAUAAGAUGGUUAAAAUUGUAGCACUUGAGGUUUAA